UAUUUUUAUUAUUUCAAAUUUCAUUAUUACUUUUCUUGUCUAUUUUCAGAAAUAAUUAUCGAAAAUUAUUAUAUUUUAGAUUCAGCCAGAUGGUUGGCUGGAACUUAUGCUCUACUCAAGCCCAAAGCAGGUUGUCCUACUGGAUGGGAAAAAGAAGGACGGAUAGAGCAGUACACAGGACUUAACGAUGAUAACUCAAAUGCCUUACACAUACAAGGGGAAGUUUCUCAAGACAAAAUUAUAAGAAACUUUUGUAUCAAAAAAAUUCACGACAACACCAUUUAUCAAUCUUGGCCAACAGGAAAAUACUGUAUAUACGGCAAACCUUAUGCCGGUAAGCAAUCUUAUGGAUCAGCGAUUCUAAUGUACGGCUAUGGCCAUAGCAAUCUUUCCAGUGUUUGGCCAUUUGCUAACCAGUGGAAUCAAGGCUCCUAUUACGACUUGUGGGUUGUCAAAUUGCGUUUUGACUGUCAAACAAGUGGCGACAAAAAGAUUCCAAUCUCGUUACCGAUAACCAAACCAUUUUAUCUGCUGCCUUAUGGGUCACGUGACUGUCAACAAGUCAAAUGGAUGGCUGUAAUCGUACUCUGA